GAUUAAUGCUGCUCUGCGUUCUGUGAUAAUCAAGCCAAGACCGACGAUGGAUUAAACCAGCGACCUUCAUCUCCCUAAAAGCUGACACUGUCACUCGCAUGUCGCAGGCUGCUAUUAUUAUUUUCCUUCCCAUCCUCUUCCCGCCAUUCGUUUCUUCUCAUCCUCUCACCAUUCCUCGCGUCCUCCGGCCAGACUCUCGCCGCACCUCCUGCAUACAGUUGCUAGCAGUUCGAUCUAUCAAUCAAUAGCCGCCGUCCCUCCAGCCUCAAGAGCAUCCUCUCCCUUUGUCUCUAUAGCGCGUCUCGAGCUUCUCUCUCGCCCAAGCUUAUCUCCCUCCCCUUUAUUGCGAGAUCCCAGCUUACCCGUCAGCCUAGGCAGAGAAACGUCUGUCACUCGGGCCGACACAGCCUCACUCCACUCGUUUUGAUACCUCACUUUAACUUUCUUUUUGUCUACUGCUGCAGCCUUGUCACUCUUUUGUCUUUGAUCCAUCUCUCUCUUCCCCUCCCCUUCCCCCUCUUCUCCUCGGAUUGCCUUCUCACUUAUGGUCUCGAUGAGCUCCCGGUUGAAACUCGCUUUUAGCACGAGACGCAACAGGAACUCUAGUGUGACAAGCACACCCACUUCCGGCUCAUCGACCGUUCGUCUCGCUCCGUCCGUCUCGAACGGCGCGUUGCCUAAUUCUUCCAUACCUUCUGUCCGGAAUUCAUCGACAACAAGCCUCCCCAUGAACCCGCAGAAUCCUGUAGGCCGGCCGCCCAAUUAUCCAUACAAUCAGGGUGUUGGGCGCCCUAUCCAGCAGGUUCAACCACAGCAGCAACAGCUCACUCACUAUCCAGCCGCCCCGAAUAACACCCUUCAGUAUACACAACCGACAGUCCCCUUAGGCGCACCCCCGGGAUAUGGGGCCACUAAUAUGCCUCAGGCGAUCCCUCCGAGCGUGCGGAGCAUGCCUCCUCACUCUCCAGUCGAAGUGGAUGGCCGCAGCAAGACUCAAUUAAUCGUCGGUAUUGACUUCGGAACGACAUUCUCGGGCGUCGCAUUUGCUUUUACGACUAAAAAUGAAGUCCGGGAGGAUAUUAUCACGGAAUGGCCUGGUGCGGGAACUCAUACCAAGCAGAAGAUCCCCACUGUCUUGUACUACGAUCAGUAUCAGAAAGUCGUCGGUUGGGGUCCUGAUAUCAGCGAAGCCCUCGCUCCGACGGGCUUCCCCAAGCUUGGGGUGCAGAAAGUCGAGUGGUUCAAGUUGCAGCUUAUGCUCUCUGGAAACAGCUACAUCGACCCGAUCAACCUGCCUCCACUCCCUCCUGGAAAGUCGGAAAUCGACGUAGCUGCAGAUUACCUCUUCAAAUUGCGCCAGGCCACGCAGGCUCAGCUCCAAAAGAUACUGGGCGAGGUAUUUACGAGAGAAGAACGCAAUAUCAAAUACUAUCUUACUGUUCCUGCCAUCUGGAACGAUGCGGGCAAGGCAGCGACACGUGCGGCUGCCAUCCAAGCUGGCUUCCUACGUGACGAAAACGACAACCGUCUCACUCUGGUUUCGGAACCCGAAGCUGCUGCUCUAUUCUGCUCUAAGACAGGAUUGUUGAACUUGAAGACCGGUGACGCUAUCUUGAUUGUCGACUGUGGCGGUGGGACUGUGGAUCUGAUCGCCUAUGAGGUCGAAGAGGAACAGCCUUUCACCGUGACCGAGUGUACUGCCGGUUCCGGCGACUCAUGCGGUUCGACAGCUCUCAACAGAAACUUCAGCAAUAUCCUUCGAGCAAAAAUUCGCAAGAUGAAGUUGCCCGAUGGCUCGAAGACUGCCGGUAGGGUAUACGCUAAGUGUAUCAUGGACUUCGAAAACAGAAUUAAGGCCGAUUUCCGCAAUAAUGGACAAAAAUGGGCCGUCGACCUUGGUAUCGAGUCGGACUUCCCCGAAGCCAAUAUCGAAGAAGGCUAUAUGACAUUCACCAAUGAGGAAAUCUUACAAUGCUUCGAGCCCGUGGUUAACCGAAUUUUGGAACUGGUGCGUAAUCAGAUUAUAGCUAUUCAAGCACAGAAUGGAUCCCUUCAGGUAUAUUUGGCUAUUCAUCCCCCACCCCCUUUCUCUCUCUCUCUCUCUCUCUCUCUCUCUCUCUCUCUCUAACAGAGUAUAGAAUGUACUUGUGGUGGGCGGUUUUGGUGCGUCCGAGUACCUGUUCCAGCAAAUUAAGCUCCACGUGCCACCCCAGUACCAAUCCAAGGUUGUUCGACCCAUGGAUUCAGUCGCGGCUAUCGUCAGAGGCGCCGUUACCGCGGGUAUCACAGAAACAGUGAUCACCCAUCGUGUUGCCCGCCGACACUACCUCAUGGCAACUUUGCAGCCUUUCAAAGAAGGCUAUCACCCAGAACAGUACCGUGUUCCCAGUUUGGACGGUAGGGAUCGGUGUAAGUACACGAGACAGAUUUUCGUGCAGAAGGGUGAACGAAUGAAGAUUGGGGAACCUGUCAAAGUCAGCUUUUUCCGUCAGGUCGCACCGGGAGCGACUCUUAUGUAUGAGGAUGUGAUCUAUGCUUGCGAUGAAGAUGUCUGUCCGGAAUACACCAAAGAUCCACGUAUCAAAGAAGUAGUUACACUCACGUCAGAUCUUUCCCGCAAGAAUCUCGAAACCGACUUUGAGCGCAUGGACACUCCAAAUGGCACUUUUUACCGAGUGUACUUUGACAUCUACCUCACUCUCGAUGGGAGCGAGUUCAGUGCUAUAUUGGUCUGCCAGGGCGAGGUUAUGGGCCGCUGUAGGGCCAGAUUUCGGUAGAGCAAAGUCUACUCUUGUGGGCGUUUUUGAAAAAUAGAAGAAUAUCCAUUCUCUCUUUAGGGCAAAAGAAGUGAACUACGAGCUAUGAUCUUGGACACAUCUCGUCUGCUCACUCUUAUAUAUCACAAACGACGUUCAAUGACUUUGGAUGACCUUGUCUACACUGUUUGAUCCUUGCACCAAGACAUGGACAGCGGAGAGGAUGGUGUUAUCGGAAUAGGAUGGAAGUGGCAAAUAUCCUCUGAUCUGAUGUUUUGACCCAACAUGGGCAUUCUUGCUCCUCUAAGAAGUUCUGCUGGAGCCAUAACUUCCUUUGAUGCUGAUUGACCGAUUGAUGAGAUGAUUCUCUGCAAGCCAAAUAUUCAUUCUUUGCCAGGCUCGGAGACACUGCAAAGCCUUGGUGUUUAAUGAUCCUAAUGUUUUUUUUUUUUUUUUUCACUGACCUAGAUACCUUUUGUCUGCAUUUUCCAUCAGUUUCCGUUGAUAGGAUUUUUAUGGCCUAUUGAAAUGUCUGUUAUUUACUGUUACUAUUUGCUUUGCGUUGGGGUUCCAUAGGGCCUGAGGCAUAUAUAUACCAUUUCUCUGCUUACAAUGAACUCCUUUUAGUCUCCUGCAAAGUGGACUGACCACUAUUGUUUGUAGUAGACUUUCCUUGUGAAA